UUCCAACGAAUCCUACCCAAUUUUCAAUCCAUUCUUCCCAAGUUCUCGUCCACUUCCACUCCUUCCUUCUCUGUUGGCCUCGACGCGAAGUUGAGCUUCUCAGGGACGUUUCGAUCUGCCGCUCACUGCUCAGGGACGAAUCGAUUCUACAUUUGACAUUUCCACCACCAUCGGCCUCCAAUGUUCGAGCAUCAAGCCCUAGACGCAGGUCACGCACUCACGCAGCUGGUAGUAACUUCAAGCCCUAGAACACAAUAGCCAGCAGCAGAGCUUGGAGUCCACAUUUUCACAAAAUGUCGCACGCUUUAACUAAAAAUGAUAUAAAGGAGGCUCGUAAUUCUUGAGAUAUGUAUUAUAUGUCAGAGAGUUGUGUUCAUUUCCAAAUGGAUGGACACAGUUUUUGUUGAACACAGGGUCUGCAUUAGUAAAGCAAAGAGUUAACAAUUGAAGUCACUUUAUGAAUAUGAUUUUUGCAUUUUAGAAGUAAAUCGAUAAAGCCCAGAACUAAAUUACUGUUUUACCUCUAAUCCUGAUGCUGCGGCGAGCCUUCAGUCGUACUCUGGACCUUCCUCCCUUGCCAACCUCCCUCUUGUUUCAGCCUUUCUCGCCUGUACUGUCGCUUAAUUUCUCAAGCCCUUCACUACCUGGUCAGGAUGAUUAUAAUAGAUUAAGACCAUUGAGCUAUCAUGGGGCUGAUGUUUUAUUCUUGCAUUUUCUCUUGUUAGCAAGACCAGCUACGAGAACAUCUCCAAAUUCUUGGAUUCCUGAAUUGAGGCAUUAUGCUCCGGGAGUUCCAGUAAUUCUUGUUGGAAGAAAGCUUGGUUAUUACCAGAAUUUCGUGCUUUGCCAAGUUUUCUGUUCGAACAAUCUAUGGGGGGAUCAGUGGCUCUGAAGGUGCACCUGAAACAAUCUGAGUGUGUUGUUGCAGUUUGAGCAGAAUGUGAUAACCAGAUGUUGCUAGAUGUAUAAGCUGUAUUAAAAUUUUAUUCUCGAUUUUAUUUCAUUUUGAAACUUUUUUUUUAUUUAGGUUGUGUUGUAUCACAUUCUAAUGUUCAAGUGUAUGGAUUAAAAAAUUUGUAAUUGAAUUAUCAAUUUUUAUGCAAUUUCAAAAUUUGUUCA